GUAGAUAGUAUACUUUGUUUGACUUUUCAUUAUCACAGAACGCACCAACAUUGAUGAUGCAAGAUAAUAUUAUUGUCCGGACGUGCAAUCUAUGGAUCCUGGCCAUGUUUUUUUGGAUCAUAUCCAUGAAGACAACAUAAGAACCAAUCCUUGUAUUCAACUCUAUAAAUCUCACUAUAUUAGUAUAGUCUCCAAGGUUCAACUAAUAAACUUAAGAAGUAGUGAGUUAUCAAUGGAGAAGAACAUCAAGAGAUAUGAUGUGUGGAGAUCUUUGAAAGAUGGAGAUUAUCAAGAAGAAGAUGUGUGGGAUGUUCUUGAUGGAUAUCAUCAACCCUCGUUGAUGAUCAGCAACCAUACGAGUAAACCCUCUUUACUAGCACAAACAUUUCUUUCGAGUGAGCCUAAGAUGAUUCCAGAGAGGCAGCGCAGAGAAGGAAUGGCACAUAUGGGACAACACUCGGCUCCUGUCAAUGUUCCAGAGUGGUCAAUAGUUCACAGAAAGAAGACAAAGAAAGCAGAGGAUGAUGAUGAUGAGAAUGUAUCACCGGAAGAGUAUUUUCUGCAGCGGAGUCGAUCAUCAUCGUCGUCCUCUGUUAUGGAAGGAAUUGGAAGGAAAUUGAAAGGAAGAGACUUGAGCAAAGUCAGGAAUGCAGUAUUGAAGAAAACUGGAUUUCUUGAAUAGACAAAAAGAUUGUAGAUUAUUAUAUGUUUGUAUAUAUAUGUGAAUGGUCUAUAUAUAUUUUCACUAUCAUUAGAUAUUUUUUUCAUUAUAGGAACUAUUAGAAUUUUCUUUAAAAAUCUUUAGUUUGCUAAGAUGUAUGUAUGUAUGUAUUAAUAUGUGAUUUAAUUUGGCAUAAUAAAACAAAGGUCUAUUAUUGUUGAAA